GGAUAGAAUAGAAAAACUUGCAGAUCAUCAGUAAUAAAUUUUAACGUCUAAAUAAUAUGGUAAUUUGAGACUCCCCAGAUAUAUUAGCUAAUUCAAAAACAACUUGGAUGAGGCACACACGCGUAUAAAUAGAAGAUAUUAUUUUCAGUAGCAGAUAUUCUGAAUUUAGUUAUUUCAAGUUGACAAAGCAGCUGGUUCAGUAAGAAGACACAAUGUUUAAAGUAGCUGUUGUAGUUUGCUUUCUUAUGGCAGCAAUAUAUGCGAGCCCACACGGAUCCCAGAAGUACUUUGAUACACAUGUCCAUACAGUUCCUCAAGUUGAUGAGUAUCACCGCGAACUAGUACCCCACAAAAAUCACUACCAUGUCGUCGAGGAACCCGUAUCAACCAGCCAACACCAUCGCAUAUACUACCCCGAACCAAUCGAUACUCAGCUCGAUGUCUUUGUCCCUCACGGUGGCCACUACGACCACUUUAAACGAAUCGACCACCACGAUCACCACGGUCACCAAUAUUGACACGGAUAUGAAUAAUUGAUAAAAUGUAACUUCUUUGACUGUUCUUUAAAUUCAAAGAAAUAAAAACAUUAAUUCGU